CCUCUGGCUCUCAGGGAGCAUGCGCUUCCUUCCUCACUUCCUCUCAAGGAGGGAGAGAGAGUAAGGCUACGCCCUAGCCGACCCGAGGCCGGCUUCGCGUCACAGGAACUUCAGCACCCACGGGGCGGACAGCGCUCUCCACCUGAAGACCUGACUUCCGAGCGCCCGGAGCCUUUCUAAUCCCUUUACUGGGUAGCCGCGCGGAGCUCCACCGGCCGCUGGAUCCCUGCCACUCUCCCUCCCCUCACCCGCCCUCCUAGCUCUUCCUGUUUUUACUCCUCCUUUUCAUUCAUAACAAAAGCCACUGCUUUGGGAGCCCGGCGCCGGGCUGUUUCUGAAGCCAAGCGUGGAAGAAUGGGGUUCCUUUGGACCGGCACUUGGAUUCUGGUGUUGGUGCUCCAAAGCAGCCCAAUUCAAGCUUUCCCCAAGCCGGGAGGCAGUCAAGACAAACCCCUACAUAAUAGAGAAUUAAGUGCAGAAAGACCUUUGAAUGAACAGAUUGCUGAAGCAGAAGCAGACAAGAUUAAAAAAACAUACCCUCCAGAUGUGUUGGGCUUGGGGGCUUUUCUUCCAGAAAACAAGCCAGGUGAAAGCAAUUAUUCCUUUGUUGAUAACUUGAACCUGCUAAAGGCAAUAACAGAAAAGGAAAAAAUUGAGAAAGAAAGACAAUCCAUUAGAAGCUCCCCACAUGAUAAUAAAUUGAAUGUGGAAGAUGUUGAUUCAACCAAGAAUCGAAGACUGAUUGAUGAUUAUGAUUCUACUAAGAGUGGACUGAAUCAUAAAUUUCAAGAUGAUCCAGAUGGCCUUCAUCAACUAGAUGGAACUCCUUUAACUGCUGAAGAUAUCGUCCAAAAGAUUGCUACCAGGAUUUAUGAGGAAAAUGACAGAGGAGUAUUUGAUAAGAUUGUUUCUAAACUGCUGAAUCUUGGCCUUAUCACAGAAAGCCAGGCGCACACACUAGAAGAUGAAGUAGCAGAAGUUUUACAAAAAUUGAUCUCAAAGGAAGCCAACAUUUAUGAGGAGGAACCCAAUAAACCGACAAGCAUGACUGAGAGUCAGGCUGGAAAAAUACCAGAGAAAGUGACUCCAAUGGCAGCAAUUCAAGAUGGUUUUACUAAUGGACAAAAUGAUGAAACAGUAUCUAAUACCUUAACCUUGACAAAUGGCUUGGAAAGGAGAACUAAAAUCUACAAUGAAGACAACUUUGAGGAACUCCAAUAUUUCCCAAACUUCUACGCACUACUGAAAAGUAUUGAUUCAGAAAAAGAGGCAAAAGAGAAAGAAACACUGAUUACUAUCAUGAAAACGUUGAUUGACUUUGUGAAGAUGAUGGUAAAGUAUGGCACAAUAUCUCCAGAAGAAGGCGUUUCCUACCUUGAAAACUUGGAUGAAACUAUUGCUCUUCAGACCAAGAACAAGCUAGAAAAAAAUGUUACUGACAAUAAAAGCAAACUUUUCCCAGCACCGUCAGAAAAAAGUCAUGAAGAAACAGAUAGUACCAAGGAAGAAGCAGCUAAGAUGGAAAAGGAAUAUGGAACCUUGAAAGAUUCCACAAAAGACGAUAACCCAAGAGGAAAGACAGAUGAGCCAAAAGGAAAAACAGAAGCCUAUUUGGAAGCCAUCAGAAAAAAUAUUGAAUGGUUGAAGAAACACAACAAAAAAGGAAAUAAAGAAGAUUAUGACCUUUCAAAGAUGAGGGACUUCAUCAACCAACAAGCAGAUGCUUAUGUGGAGAAAGGCAUCCUUGAUAAAGAAGAAGCUGAUGCCAUCAAGCGUAUCUACAGCAGUCUGUAAAAAUGGCAGAAGAUCCAGGAGUCUUUAGACUGUUUCAGUAAACAUAGCUUAAAACACUUCUAAUUCUGUCAUUAAAGUUAUUUGACCCAAGGAUUAUUAGAAAGUGAUGAAACUGCAGUAGUUAACCUUUUGGAAGUGGUUAAACAUAGCUUUCUUGCCAUAAAAACUGUCUGAAAAGUAAAGUUGUAUGUAAGCUG